AUGGAUGGCGAAUCUUUAGACCGACAGGCUUCGGCCUUGGAUUCAAAGCUCGGUGAUGAUAUGGAUCUCGAUGACGCAGAGAGCGUCAUGAGUGAUCUGAGCACUGAUGAAUUCACCACAGAUCUCACCACCGACUUUAGGAAUGCCAUGAACCACAUUGGGAUACCUAAACCUUUUCUUUCCUUUAACACUAUGCCUGAUUUCCCUGGCGGCGUGUCUAUUGAAGGAUUCGGCGAUAUCAAAAUGCCACUUGAAGAGGCUCAAGUCCGGCAAAUUAUGGCAUACCACGAGGACGCCGUCAUGGAAGAUGAGGAUGACGGUACUGUUUUACUGGAGCUUUUUUCAGAUCAAUUCACCUUAGAUGACUCCAUCUGGCCGAAUAUCAUUCAAGGCUGCGUAGAUCAAGCUGCUCGCUCUCGCAAUAUCACUACACCGCUCAUGGCAGAGCCUUGGUCUCUGAAGUUGCUUAAGUAUGGGCACAAGUUCGACCAAGAGGAGCUGCGAGUAACGACUAUCCGGAGCAUCGAAAUCCUGAUGUAG